AUGUCGAACGCUGAAUCUUCUCCGACUACUAGCUCACCUUUCGGAUUCGGAUCGUCUUCGGCUUCACCGUUCAGUGCUCCGCAAACCCCCGAUCUUGAAGAUGAACGAUCUAUUUACAUGUCACCAACACCGGUUAGUAGGAGUCUCAAAGCAGACAAUGUUAAAGAGAUCUACUUCAAAGCGUAUGUAGAUGAAAAACUUGAAGUCCACAAAAAGGAGUUGGAGGAAGAAUUACAUCAAGGUCGGAUGCGUGCUCUUGAACAAGCGCUUGAAGAAGCCAAAAAGGAAAGUUGGAUGUACAAGCCGCUUGAUUUCUAA